UCAACAGCAGCAGCAGCGGCAGUUGUAGCAGUAGUAGCAGCAGCAGCAGCAGCAUCAACCUCGUCAUCGUAAUCAUCACCCGCCGUCCCCUUCAAUUUACAAGUUUUUUUUAUAUUUGUUGUUGUUUUUACUACUACUAUCACUACUACAACUACUACUUCAACCGCCACCAAGUUCCACUAUUGUUAUUGCUGCUGCUACUGAUGUUAUUCGUGUGAUUGUUGUUGCUGUUGUUGUUCCAGUAGUAGUAGUAGUAGUAGUAGCAGUAGUAGUUAGUGGUAAGUUAGUUGUUAGACGACGGGCUACUACUACCACCAUCACUUCCACGACGAAGACGCUGUUAUUUAUUUAUAUAUAUAUAUAUAUAUUUGUAUAUACAUAUAUAUGCAUAGAUAUAUAUAGUAUAUACAUACAUAUAUAUAUAUAUUCUCUUCACAACAUCUAUAGAUGCUGUUACUGUUAUCAUUCGUCCCGUCGUUAUCAUUCUAAUGUCUUUUUCUUUUUUGUUAAAAACCCCUAAAACAAAAAAUCAACGAUGUGAUAAUAUAUAUAUAUACCUAUAUCUAUAUAUUUAAUUUUUUUUUCGUAUCAACCUGUCCACGUUCGUCUUUAUAGUUUAAAUAUCUCCCAAUGAAUGUUGUAUCAUUAUCAUCUUCGUUAUGUUAUAACUACUUUAUUAUUAUUAUUACAUGUAAGCAUUCCAACUCUUCCAAACAUAGCUAAAACUAACUCGAAACUUGCCUGCUUCCUUCUCUCUUUCUCUCCAUCUCUUGUUAUUAUUAUAAACAAACAAACGACAUGUCGCUAACUUUGCGGCAACGGCUUUUACAUAUUCUUCUUGUAAUAACUUCGGUGCACUCAGCUGUCUUACGUGAUUACAAUUUGCCGGAUACACGACAAGGAGAGUUCCUUAAGCUUAUCAAGGAUUAUGAAGUGACUUUACCAUACCGAGUGAACUCAGAAGGCCAAUUUGAGACACACAUUUUACAUCCGGAACACCAUACGGUGAAGAGGAGUACAGAACCUGAAACCAUUCACUAUCAUGUGGUCGUCGACAACAAAACGCUGCAUUUGCAAAUGAAAUUAAACGACAAAUUCACGUCACCUGGCAUGGUGGUGGAACGACUGAAAUCUCGCUUCAAAAAUGUUUCGGAUUCUACAUUUGUUCCAUACUGGAAACGGAAAUGUUUUUUCUCUGGGAAAAUAAAAGACCAUACGACUUCUAAUGUCGCUCUUCAAGUCUGUAAUGGAUUGACUGGCCAUUUGCAAUCCCAAGACGGUGAUUAUUUCAUAGAACCAAUAAAAGGACACUCAGUUGGUGCCAAUGGGAAACAUCCACACAUUGUAUAUAAACGUUCUGUCCUACCUCAAUUCAAGGAUAUUUCUGAUGGUGCUUCAGCUGAGAAGAAAACGGAAUAUAAAUCAACCCCCUGUUCUGUUGGCGAUGAUGAGAAUGCUGAAAAGGAAAACAACGAAAGUGAAAGUAAUGAUCGGAAUGAUGAUGGUGGUUCUGACCCCGAUCUAACGAUUCCAGUCAAAAGAGUUAGUUCUCGGAGGCGGAUGAAACGAUCUAUUUCAUCAGAGAAACAUGUAGAAACACUCGUGGUUGUUGAUCCGAUUAUGAUGGAUUAUUACAAAAAUGAGGAUGUAGAGACAUACGUGUUGACUGUCAUGAAUAUGGUAUCCUCGUUAUUCCAUGACGCCAGUAUAGGGAAUGCGAUCAACAUUAAGAUGGUCCGGCUGUUGUUACUGGAAGAUGAACAGGAAGGCCUGAAAAUUACUCAUCAUGCUGACCGAAGUCUUCGCAGUUUUUGUCGCUGGCAGCGAAAGAUGAACUUCAAGGAAGACAGUCAUCCAAAUCACCAUGAUGUGGCAGUUCUUUUGACUAGACAUGAUAUCUGCAGCCGAAUAGACCGUCCCUGUAAUACCUUAGGACUUGCACAUCUUUCAGGCAUGUGUCAACCUCAGAUGUCAUGUAACAUCAAUGAAGAUUCUGGAUUAGCUCUUGCAUAUACCAUUGCGCAUGAGCUGGGACACAACCUUGGAAUGAAACAUGAUGGAGGUCGAAGCAAAUGUAUUUCAUCCGGUGAAAAUUCCUAUGUGAUGGCACCACAGAUGUUUGGUAGCAGUCGGCUUAGAAUUUGGUCUCCAUGCAGUAAGAAGGCUGUAACCAAGUUCUUUGAUCGUGACAGAGGUUACUGCUUGAAUGAUGAGUCAACUGUCUUUGAUUACGUCUUCCCAUUCUUACCUCCUGGCACCAUGUACAAUGCUGAUCAUCAGUGCCGACUGCAGUAUGGUCCCGAAGCUAAAGUCUGUGAUUCAGUUUCUAAUAUUUGCUCUUACCUGUGGUGUCACGUAAACAAGACUUGUACAACAAAGCGUGAGCCUGCUGCAGAAGGCACUAUCUGUGGCAGGAACAAGUGGUGUUUCGACGGUGAAUGCGUCACUAUCGGUGACCGACCUCAAUCUAUCAACGGAGAAUGGGGCGAAUGGGGAGAGUGGACGAAAUGCACAACGAGUUGUGGUGCUGGCGUUUCUAACCGGCAGCGUUACUGUGACAACCCACCACCUUCUCAUGGAGGGAAGUACUGUAUUGGGGAGAGGAAACGAUACAGAAUCUGCAAUACAGAGCCAUGUCCUGAAGGUAGCCGUACUUUCCGUGAAGAGCAGUGUGCCAAGUACAACAACAUAGAGUAUGACGGUCAGUUGUACCAGUGGGAACCAGUCAGAAUGCAAAGUUCUCCAUGUCAACUUUAUUGCAAAACUCGAGGUGUGAAGCUCUCAGUGCUGAAAGCAGAUAUGGCAGCUGAUGGUACCCGCUGUUCCUUGAUUGGUCGUAACAUAUGCAUUAAUGGACAAUGCCGGCGUGUUGGCUGCGACUGGGUUCUGGAAUCUUCAGCCAAGGAGGACCGAUGUGGUGUAUGUCAUGGAGAUGGUUCCACAUGCAAGACAAUAAAAGAUCAAUUCAAUGAAACUAAAGGCAGUGGAUACCAAGAAGUGAAAAUGAUCCCAGCUGGGGCUCGAAAUAUAUUUGUUAAUGAAUUGAAAGGUGCUCAAUCUGCAGAACACAACUAUCUGGCCCUGCGCAACCAGAAUGGAGAAUACUAUUUGAAUGGGGGCUGGUUUAUUGAAUGGAGUGGUGACUAUGAAAUAGCUGGCACAAUUGUUCAUUAUUCACGUGAGGGAGAUGUUGAAAGCUUCAAUGCUGUUGGACCUUUAAAAGAACCCCUAACGAUAAUGUUGUUACUGCAGUCGACAAAUCCUGGAGUUGAGUUUGAGUAUACUGUGCCGAAUGAGAAUGCCAGCCACCGAAUCCCAGAAUUCAGUUGGCAGUAUACAGAUUGGUCACACUGCACCUCUUCAUGUGGUGGAGGUACUCAACGUUCUGUUGUAAUAUGCACUGAGAUGGAAGCUGGUGCCGUGGAUGAAAUGUAUUGCAAUGCUUCAAUGAAACCAGAUGACAAGCAACGCAAAUGCAAUGAACAUCUUUGUCCUGCAAUGUGGUGGGAAGGCCCAUGGCAACAUUGCUCUGUAACCUGUGGCUCAGGGGUGCAACGGCGAACAGUGAUGUGUGUGAGAAGCUUUGGUGACAAAGAACAAAUGGCACUGGACGAUUCAGCAUGUAUUGGUCAGAAGAAGCCAAAUCAUGAGAAAGAAUGUCACCAUACAGAUGUCCUUUGUCCUAAAGUCAGUCGAUGGAUUAGUAGUCCAUGGGAUGAUACUUGCACGAAUAAUCCAUGUGGCUGGAAAAAACGAGAGGUUGUUUGUGAAGAUCCAAUUAUUGGAUGUCACAAUGCUACAAAAUUAGCCACAAGUGUUCGUUGCUCUAACAUGAUAUGUGGACACUGGUCUGUCAGUGAAUGGUCUUUGUGUUCCAGAUCAUGUGAUGGAGGCUUUCACUAUCGAGAUGUUACAUGUGUUGGUAUGGAAUUAUGUGAUCUUGAUCUAAAACCAAGCUCCAAGAAGCAUUGUAAUAUACAAGAAUGUACAGAAAUGUUGCCCCCCACCAUAAAUAAAUUAAACUCCGAUUCACAAUCUUCAUCCUCUUCAUCGCCACAGCCAUCAUCCCCAAUGACAACUACUGUACCAACAACAGCAGCAAGAACCACCACAACAACAACAAGGCCGACAACAACAACAAGGCCGACAACAACAACAACAACAACAACAACAACAACAACGAUGACGACAACGACAACAACAACAUCAUCAUCAUCCCCUUCAUCUACUACAACAUUACCACCAACAGCAACCACUAUAAAAACAACCUCAACAGUGCGACCAAAUCUAAUUGAACCUACUCUGACAAGAAAAACCACUCUUAGCGUUCCAAGGAAAACCAUCCCUAAAACAUCUGCAAAAACUACAGCAUCGACUACCAGCAGCAUUGCUACCUCACCAGUUGCUUCCACAACAAGGCCAGUCACUAGACGCAGUAAGACCAAACAUAUUUUAUCAACAACUCCAUCAAUUUUGAAGACAACUUUGUCAAAUGCAAAUAAUGGCAAACAGAGAGAACAGCAUCCAGGCCACAGGAGCGAUGUCAGUGAUAAACACACCGAUAAUUUCAUUGGCAAUGAUACCAAAGAAGACCAGAAGAACAAAACAAAUAAAACUCAUUCGGAUGAUCUGCCUUCUGUUCCUACUUCCAGACCCACAAAAGAAGCUGGUAAAAAUAAAUCUGUUACAAGUCAUGUAUCACAUGAUAAUAACAGAACCAAAGCCAAAGCACCAACUAAGAACAAACCACCUCCAUCUCGUUAUCAAUGGACUUUCAGAAAAUGGACUCUUUGUGACUUCCAGCAUCCACAACAAAAGUGUGGCCACAGCAACAGAAGCAGAGUUGUGUACUGUGUUGACAGACGUUCACGCCGCUCUCCAAUCGUACCAAGCUACAAAUGUAACACUUUGACUAAACCACCUGAAUUAAAGGCAUGUUACACUCCUUGUAAAGAAUGGAUGACUGCAAGCUGGACAAAGUGUUCCGCAACAUGUGGUGAUGGAAUGCAGUGGAGGAAAGUUAAGUGUCCUCAGGCCAACCAAUGUGAAUUACGCAAAAAGCCUCAAGUUAAUCGGAAAUGUAAUAACGGUACCUGUCCAUCGAUGUGGAUUACAGGAUACUGGUCAAAGUGCACCAAAACUUGUGGAACUGGUGACCAGAUUCGUCUGGUGAAAUGCCUUGAUAUUGCAUCCCGUCAGCCGACUGAAGAUUGUGACCCAGCUACAAAACCAAUCAUACGCAGGAAAUGUCAGAUCCAACACUGUCCAAAGAAGAAACAUCAAUAUCUGGUCAUCUCUGGCAUGAUGGUGUUGAUGUUGGUCACAUUAGUAGUGGCAAUUCUUUUAAAUGUGGGAAACCUGAAAACGAAAAUCUUAACUUAUGUCGCAAGCUCAGGGAAAGAGGUCGCUGCAAGCAUGUCUUCGUCAACCAAAUCUGCUGUAAUACAUGUCAAGGAAUCAGCAUAAAUUCUAGAAAGCGCAACCGUAUACGGUCAUGAUGGCCCAAAUCUUUUCCUUUUUUUUUAUUUUCAAUUAGUUUUUGUCACAGAUUUAUUGCAAAAAAAUUGGUGAAAAAUAUUUAAAAAGUUAAAAUAUAAAAUUGAAAAAAAAAAAAAAAUCAAACUUAAAUUUCAAAAAUAUAUGAUAUUCACUAUAUCACAGACAAAAUGUGAACAAAAAAUUGAAAACAUUGGAAAGAAAAAUAAAACAAUUGACUAAAUCAUUUUAGGAUGCAAAACGGAAAAGGAAAAAAAAAGAAAAAUGUCUAUUUAUAGAAACAUUGCUAAAGUAAAUGUCAUGUCAAAAAUAAGUUAAAUAUUGGAGAAAAA